AAAAAUUUUGCCUUCGAAUUAUUUUCAGCAAUAUUUUAUUUAUCAAACAUAUACAUAAGAACAGCAUUUUUUUAACUGGGAAAUGACGUUCAAGAAAAUUCUUCUGACACUUUGUAUCGUAUCAAUUUGGGCGUUAUCUACAGAAGGUUUGAAGUGUUGGACUUGCGAAAACCAGGCAUCACCACGCGACUGUCUCCAAAGUGGAAGUUUAAAGCAAUGCAGAUAUUUGGAAAAAUCAUGUCAAACAGUCGUUCGAGUUUUCGAAGGAACCAAAACCUACAUUUCUACUGGCUGCAAAGAAGUUGAUGCUUGUGGACGAAAUGAAGAACAGAAUCCAAGACGUGCCUGGACUCCGACACAAUGUAAUGGAAAUACUAUGAAUUCUGUAUGUCGUUGUUGCUGUGGAACCGACAGAUGUAACAGAAAUAAUCUUUUGUGUAAACCAAGAAGAGGAGAUGCUCCUGCACCUACCAAAGAUGCAACGCCGACACCUCUUGAACCUUUGUGUGAUGAUGUUCCAACACUGUCAUAUGGGAUGGUGGAAUGUGACGCUGGAAGAAAAAUAGGAUCUCAAUGCAGAUUCUUUUGCAGCGGUGAUCACGAGAUGAGGGGACCAUCGACUGUGACUUGCGAAAGAAAAGGAAAAGUUGCGAAAUGGAACGAAGAAUCUCCUAUUUGCAUUGCCCCGGAACCUUCUUGCAAAGACCUCGGCAAUUUACCGCACGGCGAAUUUGUGUGCACGCGAGAGGAUAACAAAGUCGGAACGAUUUGUGGAUUUCGUUGCAUAGACGAUGGCUACGAUCUUUUAUCUACCACUGACGCUAUAGAAUGCGUUACAGAUGCCGCGGGAAAAGCAAAAUGGAGCCACAGGAAACCAUGCUGUACAUCUCAAUGUCCACCAAUGGCCAAAAAAGAUGUUGUGAUUGUUAUGGAUUCCUCUAAUUCAAUUAGUAAUAGAGAAUGGAAAAUUAUGAAAAGUUUUGUUGCGAAUAUUACUGGAAAAUUUGAAGUUUCCGAAGAUGGUGUUCAGUUUGCCGUUUAUCGAUUUAAUAGAAAAGUUGACGACGAAUCCCAAAUUUUAUUUGGUGAUUAUACAAACGACGUUGACGGAUUAAAACAAGCUGUUAUCGACAUGCCAAAACGAGGUGGAGGUACUUUCAUUGGCCGCGCACUGAAGCAUGCCAAGAAUCACGUUUUAACGACAAAUAACAGAAAAGAUGUUGAAGACUUGGUUUGGGUAUUAACUGAUGGCCGAUCUGACGACAAACUUGACGUUGUCAGCAAAGAGUUGAGGGAUUCAGGCGUUGAGAUAAUGGCUCUUGGAAUUUCACGACAAAACAAACCAGUGGACAUAAAACAGUUGAUCAAUAUGGCCGGCCAUUCAGACAACGUUUUGGGAGUGAAAAACGGAAUGAAAAGUCUGACUGACAACUUGUCACACAGAAUCGUCAAAAAAAUCUGCCAGUUCUCUUGCCCUGCUGAGUAAACACUUGUUACACAGUGAUGUCGAAUAUGCGGAGUAUUUGUAUGCCCGAGUUUUAAAAGGCCUUCAAAGUUGAAAUCAAAUUUGUUUGUGCGAAUAUUGUUUUGUAUAUAAUUAUUUAAAUUAAAACAAAACCAGUCAGACAUGGUUUCAUAUGAAAUAUUCGCGGCAUAAAUAGACCGCGAUUCGAAAGAGUGAUUUUGCAAUCAUCUUAUCUGCUGUAUUCAAAAUAGCCAGUGAAUUAUUUUUCGUGGAAAAUCAUCUAUUGCGCUAGUUAAAGUUAUCAUGUUGUAUGAUACAUCUUUCAUCAUUUCUUUCUGAGGUGCUUCACUUUCUGUUAUCAUUGCUAUUUUUAUAUAGAAAUUAAUUUCAGUUGUUUUUGUACCUUUACAUUUUUAUUUACCAUUUAAUAUAAUCACGAGCAAACGCAUUUAGAAGUAACUAAUGAUGACGUGAUGUAUUUCGAUAAGACAAUUCUGGUUUUCUCGAAAAGUUAUUUUAGCAUAUAUGUUAAAUUUAAACCAAUUAAAAAGUUACGUCGUAUGUAUGCUUUAUUGACUAUUGCUUUUGUAUAAUAUAAUUUUAUC